AUGGCCUCAAUGCUUUCUUGGGCGUUGCUGUGCACGGUCGCCACCGCCUCCGCUACGACGUCGGCUCGCACUUGGCGGCCGUCCACGGCGGGCUUCGCUUUCCCCGAGGACGAGUGGUCCGAGGUUUUGGCGCAGCACUUGGGUGGCAAAGACUUUGGCGUGGCAUUGGCUGGUGGAGGCACCAGAGGUUUGGCCCUUGGGCAUGGAAUCCUGCGCAGCCUCAGAGAAACAGGAUUGCUCGAAAAAGCCAAGUACUUGAGUGUGACCUCUGGCUCAGUGUGGUUAGGCAUUCCUUUCUACUACCAGUCGCUGGAUAGCCUUGACGAUUAUUUGGGGAGCACCUUGCAACCCACGCAGAUGCUGCCGGAAGAAGUAGUCAAGAAAACAGGUACAGCGGUGUCGCGGAUCACCUAUCUCUCCGAGUAUCCGAAGGGAUACCAAGCCGGGGAUAGCGACAAAACUGUUGGCACUUUGCUGGGCAGUGAGGCCAACUCAACAUCCAAAACUGUUGAGAGCGGGAGCAUCUUUGGUUGCCCAGAGGAUGAAGGUUGGUGCGCCUGCAUGGUGAGCCGCUUUCAACCUGGAAGUGGACAUCAGUUGUGGUCACUCUUUGUCGCCUAUAUCUUCUUGCAUCCCUUUGACUUGGCAGGACGUGACUCGACUCAUUGUCAUGAAUCCCAGCUGGAGCGAAUGAGGGCCAAAUUUGGAAAUUCCAAGACCAUCUACACUGCCAAGGACGUUUCGCGAAAGCUUCCCUUUCUGUUGUCGCAAUCAGCCAUUCUGGCGCCUUACACUGGGCUGCAGGCUGAUGAUCCGUUGAAGUUUUUUCCGUUGGAGCAAACUCCCUUGUACACCGGAACAGUACCCGCCUACCCCAAGAAUCAGAGUGGCAUGCCUCAUGACAUCGGGGAUGUGCUGGUGGAAUCCUUUGCCUGGGAUUCAAAGAUGGUCAGCCCCUGGAACGCCACCAAUGAGGAUCUCAUGUUGGAUUUGUCGCGUGGAAUCUUCAACGCAGGGGACUUGGCAGAAUGGGGCGGCAUCGCAACUUCCUAUGUUGCUGAUUUCCAGAUCCGCGAGUGGGCCGAUAAGAUUCCCAGAUGUCUCAUUGCAGAAGGGGAGAAACUGUUGCCGCAGGCCAAGCUCUGGUCACCAAUGGAAGUGGAUGAAAAGUCUGUUCCAGUGACCUACGAACAAGCAGUGGGUGAUGCUGGAGUCUAUGAUGACCUGGGCCACAUCCCCCUGUUGCGGAGACGGAUCUCGAAGAUGGCUAUCAUCACCAGCGAAGCCAUUCACUUGGAUCUCUGUGAGAUGACGUACGUUUUGGCGGCGUUUGGGCAACCUGGAUGUUUGACCCCUCCGAAUGCUGCCGGUGCUUCCAACCCCAAGAUGAAGGCUGGAAGCCUCACAGUGUUUGAACCAUCGGAGUUUCCAGCAUUUUGGUCGCAAGUUCAAUCUGCCGUCGAGGCCAAUGAGUCUGCGGUCAUCCGAGGGCGCUACAGCGUGGUGGACAAUGAGGUCUUGGGGAUCAAAGGUGGUUGGAAAGUGGACGUUGUGUGGGUCAUCAUUUUUCCAUCCAAGACGUUCCGGGAGAGCAUCCCACCUCAGACAUCCAAGCUGCUUCCAACGUAUUUCCCCAACGACUUGGCCUCCGAAAUGAAGACCCGCUUUGAAAUGAGCGUUGCCAGUCAGUAUGCAUCAUGGCUCAUGCAAAGGUCUGUAGCCAAAGAAAUCUCGGAGAUGUUGGGUGAUGUGAAGGAAGUGAUAAUCUAA